UAUGUAAUCGAGCUAUCUUGACGGUAGCGGAUGUGUGACCAAACUGGCGAUUACGGAAAUAACUGCUUAGCCAGAAUCAAAUAAAUAAAGGAUUUAUAUCGAGUCGCCAUCCGUGUAAGCCUGUAACACUAUCCACAAUGUCCAGGCAAUCAAACCGAACAACAGACAGCAAGAAGAUGAACUCUGAGCUGUUCACUCUGACUUACGGGGCUCUGGUCACCCAGCUUUGUAAAGACUAUGAGAAUGACGAGGAAGUCAAUAAACAACUGGACAAGAUGGGUUAUAACAUUGGAGUACGUCUGAUUGAGGACUUCCUGGCUCGCUCAAGCAUUGGCAGGUGUCAGGAUUUCCGAGAAACGGCCGAUGUCAUUGCUAAGGUUGCAUUCAAGAUGUACCUUGGAAUCACCCCCAGUGUGACCAACUGGAGCCCUGCAGGAGAUGAAUUCUCCCUCAUCCUUGAGAACAAUCCGCUGGUUGACUUUGUGGAGUUGCCGGAUAACCACAGCACACUGAUCUACUCCAACCUGCUGUGUGGGGUCCUCAGAGGAGCUCUGGAGAUGGUCCAGAUGGCUGUGGAUGUGCGAUUUGUUCAGGACACUCUGAGAGGGGACAAUGUGACAGAAAUCCGCAUGAAGUUCAUCAAGAGGAUUGAAGAAAAUCUGCCAGCAGGAGACGAGUGAUGGAAACUGAAAAGGUUCCUCCCUCAGCUUUUGUCUAAUUUGGCGAGGACUGAGUCACACCUUCACGCACAGACUGAAAGGAUGAAUGAACUCAAAACAUCUGGAUGAGUGGCAUGUCUCGAUAGCCUGAAGGAUGCUUACUUUCCUUGCAACUUGUCACUCCUCAAUUUCUAGUAACUUCAUCUCCGGUUUGUUUUUUUUUUUUUCCAUCUGUGUUUGGAGAAGAAUGCUAGGAAUUAGAAGAGACUAUUGUAUGCUGUUGAAACACAACACAACACAAGAUUAUAACUCAGCCCUGUUACCCCUAGCCUUUAGGGGUGAAAAAAAUCCUUGGCACUUAUCUGUGGUCCAGUUUGUGGGAAAAGUUACUGUGGGUCUGUGCCUAAAUUACAGCCAUUGUAGCUGAGGAGAAAAGAAUGCCUAUGACCAUUCAUCUGUCGCCAUCCCUCAUGGAAAGUCACUUUUAUUAUUUGUCUUAUUAUCUGUUUCUUGAAAGAAUUGUGUUUUUCACUUGGCCAUGUAUAGACUUCUGUUUUUUUGGUUUGAGGCUGGAAAAGAUUACAUCGUUUUUAUGUUUGUCUUUUUUUUUUUUUUUUUUAAGAAAUCACACUCUAUCUUGCUGCCAAUUAUGUGGCAUGUUAAUUUAUGUAGAUGGGUAUGUCAAAUAAAAUCAGCAUAUUUAAUAUGA